GCAAAUUCUGAUUAAAAGAAAAAUCUGAAACGAGGCUAAGCAGAAGAGAAUGGCUAGAGACAGCGUCCUCACUCGCGUGGCGACGGGAGCCGCCGUUGGCGGCGCAAUCGGCGGCGCAGUCGGUGCUGUUUAUGGGACUUACGAUGCAAUCAGGCACAAGGUUCCUGGGUUCCUCAAGAUAAGGCAUAUUGGGCAGACCACUCUAGGAAGUGCAGCUGUAUUUAGCUUGUUCCUUGCAGCAGGAACCUUGAUACGUUCCCACUAGUUGGUCUCCUUAGAUUGUGCAGUCAUGGUUACGGGUUUUCUUAGUCUUAGCCAGCAAAAUAUUGCCAUGUAACCUCACAUUUUGUAUUUUUUUUUUUUGUCCAAACUAAUUUCAUCAAUGAUGCUGCUGCUUUUUUGUGUCUGCGUUAAGCAUUAGACUAUUUUUGGCAAUACUUGAUGGUAUGCUUAAAGGUUUAGUCCGUUUUGAACCGUUUUUGA